AUGUCACAGGAACAUUUAGAUAGAGAAAUGGACAGGAUUUAUAACACUGCACAGGAUAAUUUAGAUUCAGAAACUGACACGUUGUCAUCUAGCAAUGUCGGUUCAGGCACAUAUGAAGCACUGCGAGAGAAAUCCGAUUUCCACCCAAUUCCAAAACUGACUGGCAAAUGUGUCAAGCGUUUUCCUGAAGCGAUUAUAAUCGGUAUACAAAAAUGUGGAACUUACGCGUUGUUGUUCUUUCUGGAUAAACAUCCACAGAUUGCUGGAUGCCUUCAUCCUCCGGAACCCAGGUUCUUUGAUAAAGACCCAGACGCUGACGUAAGCUACACAAACUAUUUACGGGGACUCUCCAAGAAAUCAGUUGUGCGAAGUGCUGGGGUUAUCAAAUGGAAGAACAGCUUUGAUAAAUAUAAAGAGAUGAUGCCAUGUAGUUUUAAACAGCAAAUAACAAUAGAAAAAGAUCCUGCAUAUUUUUACCAGGAAUUUGUUGCUAACAGAAUACAGCAGUGUGCGCCUGACAUUAAACUGAUUUUCAUCGUGAAAAAUCCGGUUGAAAGAGCAAUUUCUGCGAUCGCAAUGUAUCGGGCAAGAUCAGAAAUUGACAAGAAUAAAACGGUAGAUGAUAUAGUUUUCAAACAAGGUGAUCACGGCAAGAUGACCGUUAACGAAGAAGCGGUUUGUAACGUCACCAAGUAUUCCGACUAUCAAUAUUAUAUGCGUAUGUGGUUAAAAUAUUUUCGUCUGAACCAAAUGUUGUUUAUUGAUGGUCAUAAAUUUGAAUCGGAGCCCGCCAAAGAAUUAAACAAAGUAGAACGGUUUCUAAAAAUAGCGUUGUUUUCUAAAAAAGACACGACCACUAAACGCCAGUUCUACCACUUAACGAGGGUGAAAAGAGAAUGA